AUGGAGCUGAAAGAGAAGGAGCUGAAGAAGAAGAUGGUUGCCGCGUUAGCGGAUGCCAAGAUAAAAAACUCUUCGAAGGAGAAGUCCUCUAGUUCGGUUGCUCCCCCGGAGGGUGAAGGUCGCGAAGUGAUCACACUUCCCGAUAGCGACGUAAGCGCCGAGUCUCCCGCCGCUCGUCCAACUCCGGGAGAUGGCCAGGCCAGUGAGCCGAAGAAACGGAAGGCCGUCGAACCUGCACGCCCGGUACGUGCAAGCUCAAGGCUCCGCACCGAGGAGAAGCCCGCUGAGACCCCUGCCUCGAAGGGAUCUUUGCCUGCGACCCCGAGUCCUGCCGACCCGAAAGUGACCCCGAGGCGCGAACUUCCGUGUAACUUACCUACUAAGAGGCCUAUAUAUUUUUUACUUAAACCUCCUUGGUCUAAUACUACUACCUUGCUCGCAGCUCCGCCGAAAUCCCUAGCCGACAUGAUGCGGAGCGUCAGCCGACCUGGAGCUCGGGUUCCUGCCUUUAAGGACAUGUCCGUAAACAACCAGGAGGACUACUUACGCUUUGCUGAGAAAAUGUUGUUCGAGUUUAACAGCUCGGUGGCUCAUUACGAAGAGCAACUCUUCGUCAGUCCCUCAGCCAGCGAAAUAGGGGUUUUACAGGCCCGGAUCUCCGAACUCGAAAAGGAGGUGAAGAAGCUCAGGUCCUCGGAGGCCUCUAACCGUGCCGAAGUGGAGAAGGCGGUUAAAUUCAACAAGAGGCUUAGAACCGUCGAGGGUGACCUGCAGAUCGCCGAGUCAUCCCUGGAGACUUGCCAGGAUAAGCUCCAACUGGCCGGUGAGCUGUACCUAAAGGCGACCACUGCCGAAACGGAGGCGAAGCAAGAGCUUCAGGAGAUCAAACUUCGGAAUCAGCUUCUGGAAGCGGGUAACAGCUCUGAGAUGGAGAGGGUAAGGAGAGAGGAGCGAAGGAAGACGCGGGCCGAGCUUCGGAGCACAAUUGAUCAGAUCGGGGCCUAUCUCUUGGAGCAUGACCGCAUGAUUCCCCAUGCAAUCCGGGCUGCUGAGAUCACCGCCAAUCGAAUGCAGGUGGAGGAGAUCGAGAGGGGAGAAAUCGCCGAUCUGAAGGAGGAGCUUGAAACUCUGAAGGCUGACGAGCUAACUGCCCAACUCGAAGCCGAAAAGGUAAAGAAUUUAACCUUCGACCCUACGUCCUUCACUGCUUUACUGGCAGACACUCCCCCCGAACUCGGGCCGGAUCCUGCUCCUACCACCCUAAUGAUCGAGGAGCCCGCUACUGACCCCCCUGCUGUGCCGAACCAGGAACUGGAGGCGAUCAAACCGGGCCUUAGCAAGGAGGUGCGCGAGAUGUCCACCCCUGAGAGUGGUGGAGCUCUCGUAGGCAAACCGGCCGGCCCUUCGUCAGCUCGCUCCGGAGAUUGUACCGCGGAUCCUGAACUCAACUAA